GUGGCGGUUGCGUGGCGACUGUGAGGGAAAUUGUGCAGGCCUCGUCCUCGGACUGGCUGUGAUGUGGGGGAUGAGAGUCCCUGGGCCGCGGUUUAUGGCCGAAAGCUGUGACUGGUACCCGGCUUCGCGUGUUUAUGUCCUCCUUUCUUCUCUGCGGCCACGGUGAUAAAGCACUGCAAUAAGACAGCAUCUACGUCGAUCUAUUCCACUGUGGGGUGUCUUUGAUUGGAAUUCCAGGAUCCGUCUACAAGCUGCAUUUGUCAAUUCAUUUGGUGCUCUGAAUGGCUAUUGGAUAGGGAUGUAUAGUCUGAUGGCCAAUUGCUGCAACUGGCUAAAGCGGUGGCGAGAACCUGUCAGGAAAGUGACAUUAAUCAUGGUGGGUCUUGAUAAUGCUGGGAAAACUGCAACAGUGAAAGGAAUCCAAGGAGAGUCCCCUGAGGAUGUGGCGCCAACAGUUGGUUUUUCUAAGAUUGACCUUAAGCAAGGCCGUUUUGAAGUCACAAUCUUUGACUUGGGAGGUGGAAAGAGAAUCCGGGGUAUCUGGAAGAAUUACUACGCUGAAUCAUAUGGAAUUAUAUUUGUUGUGGAUUCUAGUGAUGUGGAGAGAAUGGAAGAGACGAAAGAGACGAUGUCAGAAGUUUUAAGGCAUCCCAAGAUAUCAGGAAAACCUGUAUUAGUGUUAGCAAAUAAGCAAGACAAAGAAGGUGCCUUGGCAGAAGCAGAUGUAAUUGAAUGCUUAUCUCUUGAAAAGCUUGUCAACGAGCACAAAUGCCUCUGUCAGAUUGAGCCUUGUUCAGCUAUCAUGGGCUAUGGGAAAAAAAUUGACAAAUCUAUAAAGAAAGGUUUAUUUUGGCUGUUACAUAUUAUAGCCAAAGAUUUUGAUGCCUUACAUGAACGAAUCCAGAAGGACACCACAGAACAAAAAGCAGCUGAAGAACAAGAGAAACAGGAACGGGCAGAACGAGUGAGGAAGAUACGGGAAGAAAGGGAACAGAAGGAAAAAGAAGAAGCUGACCGUGAAGGAAGGAGCAUUUUGGAUGAAGCGGAUUCUGACCUAGUAAUUGGCAACCCAUUCCAACCUAUCUCAACUGUAAUCACUGAGAAUGAAAAGAAAAUUGAAAAGGAGAAGAAGAGGCAGCGGGAAGAGAAUGAGAAGGAUGCUAUUGCCUUGAAACCUAAAAUAGAUCAGGAGCGAAUGGAUGCUCAGAGCCUGAACAGCCAGCAAUCAAAUGACUGCAGACUGGUAGAAAACUAUAAAUCUGCCCUAACGCAACGGUUGGAACAUGAAGAUGAGAAUGACCAGCAAAUCUCAGAAAGUCUUGACUCUGGUGAUAAUGCUACCUUGAAUUUGGGGACAGAAAACAGUAAAAAGAAAGCAAAGAAACUGAAAUUAAAAAGGAGUCAUCGAGUAGAACCAGCCAAUACCGAAGAGACUGUUUCCCCGCAUCCUACGCCAGUAGCACCUCUUGCACCAGUUGGAUGGGAAACUCCUAAAGUUAACAGAAUUCGAAAACUUGAACCUCUUGGUGAAACUCGUCGUAAUGAUUUCUACGGAAAGCCACUGCCUCCACUGACUAUACGACAAAGACCUAACAGCGAUACCCACGAUGUCAUUUCUUAACUAGCAGUCAUGUGGCAGCUUUAAUAAAGCACGAGCCAUGUAAAUGGAAGACCUAUAUUAGAUACUCUUUUUCUUAUUUGAAGAGACACAUGAUAGGCAAGGACACUACAAUUGCCUUGGGAUCUUAGCAGCGAAGACGGUCCUCAUGAACAUACCUAUCCUAUUUCCUUCUUGACUCACCAGCUGCUCUUCAGGGUUAAUGUGGAAUGAGAAAACUUGUUUAAGUAGAACUCUUGGGAAAUAAGAGCAAGGCUUCUCACUUGGUUUCCUUGCUGGAAAUGAAAGUUAUAACCCUGAAGAACACUUUCAAGACCAAAUGCAACUUAACUGUGCAGACCUACGGACUGUUUUUCAGUUUGACUUCAUGUAUUUCUAUAUUCAAUACUUCAAGGGUUCUUUUGUUGUUUUUUGUAAAAUAUAUGCAUGUUCAAAUGGGGGGAAAGUACAAACUAUACAUUUUAACUAUUUUUAUAUUUUUCUAGCAUCUUGUUUGUUUUUAACAGAACUAUUUGGUUAACAAAACUAUUUUGAAAUAUUAAAGCUCAUAGCUAUAUUCCUAAGCAGGACAUACUUACGAAUGUCAUCUUUUUGCAACAGCAAUACACUUUGCAUGUUACUUGCCUCACAAAUUGCCUAGCUGUUAAAAUGUUGAUAUUGUGUUUUGCCCUGAUCGACCAGGAAGACAUACAUGCAUAUGGGUGCUGUAUUCGUGUUUCCCCAAGUGGGAAAAGAAUUCCAGAAGCUUGCUUUGUGUAGUGAACUGCAGCCAGUCUUUGGAAUAGUUCUGUACUAAUUAUGUUUCCAUGUGGCAGGGCAGAGCGGGACUGAACUAACACCCCCCACAACAAAUUAUUAGUAAUAAUCCAUGGACUCUGGGGUUUCAUGUGCACAGCCACAAUUCCUAGAAUGAAUUUCAGAGUUUGAGAAAACGAGAACACAUCAUUUGAACAUGCAUUUCUUCCUGUUAGAUUGGGGCAUCUGUGUUUUGGUCUCAUGUUUUAAAUGGAAUUGUAUCCAAAAUUAUGGUGGUUUUCUUCAUGGAAUACUUUGUUUGAAUCCAUAGUAAUAUCAAAUGAAUUAUUUAUUCCAAGAUCAAAAACUGCAAGAAAUUAAAGUCUGAAUGUAAUUUAAAGAAAAUGUAUGCGAAGAUUUUCCCAUUGAGUUUAUAUACGUUUCUUGUAACAGUAAGAUCUGACUUUUUACACUUCUUUGCUCAGAAUUUGUGCACAUAGAAGAUUAUCUAUACAAAUCAGAGGCUUCCCAAUACUAUUAAAUCAGGGGCAGUUCUGAAUGCCCUUGCCCAUUGUAGCUACAAAGCAGCCCUUGUAUUAAAGAAAAACCGAGGAAGCUACAGAUGUGCAACAGAGCAUUCUGGAACUUUGCAAAUUGUCACAUUUUAACAAUGUGUUGUUAGAGCUCCUUUGUUAUGGACUGUAUGUUUGUAUGUGCAAAUUUCAUUUAAACACACCUUUUACACCAUGAAUAAAAACCAACUCAUUUGAAAUCA